UACAACUUUCGUUUUUGAAGACGCCAGAAAUUCGUUGACUAUCCAAACUGCAACUAUUUAAAUAAUACAACCAUAUGUGAAAGUAAUGAGUUGUGUACUUAAGAUAUUCGAGUAACUAUCGGAAAGGACUUUCUUUCAACAUUCACCAAAAACUCAAGAUGGAUGCAGUCUCAGGGAAAAAGGCACCCGAGGGAACAGGAUCGGUGUCUGACAACACAUUCUGCCAGACAUGUGCGAACGAUGGCAAGGACAUCCCUUCUGAUGCCUUCUGUACCGUCUGCAAGGAGUUCCUGUGUUCCAACUGUGCCCGAGUACACAGGAACAUGACGUUUACCAAAAGCCACCCUCUUCAGGACAAGAGUACCAUGCCUUCUUCACUCCAACCAGAGAGUGAGAAUAAGCAUUUUACGGAAACAUGUCAACGCCAUGCCGAAGAGUUUAUAAAAUACUUUUGUCCUAAUCACGAGACACUUCUGUGUGGAGACUGCUUGGCUGAUAAAGAACACAGCUCAUGCACCAUUGAAAGGAUUUCUCAAGUGGCAAAGCGGUACAAGGAGGGCCCAGAAUACAACGGUCUGAAGGCAGGACUUGUCCAGAUGGUCAAUGACAUCGGCAACCUUUCAGACAACAUACAAGCGGGCAUGAAAUAUAUUGAUGAAGAGAGCUUUACAAAUAUCAAUGAGCUUCGAAAGUUCAGGAAUGAAAUCAAACAAUACCUGGAUAAGAGGGAACAUAAGUUACUGGAAGAAAUUGAGCAGAACAAACGGAAAUCAGAGAGCGUCUUAAGUGAACUGAAAUCAAAUUGCCAAGACAUAAUAGCUGCCACUGAGAAACUCAAGGUCAAGCUUAAAGCCCAGGAGGUCAACAACAACCAGCUGUUCAUAUCUGGAACAAGAGCGAUUAAGGAAUUAGUCGGUCUUCAGUCAGCCCUUAAAGACAUCAGAGGUAAAAAAAGUGUGUUAUACUUCAAGUUCACAAGGGACCCCGCCACAGAACAGCUGCUGGCCUCAUGCACAGCAAUUGGCAGAUUUGACCAGGUGGCAUCAGAUUUAGCAGACCGGCAGAAACAACGUCAGUGGCCAGCCUUAAACCAGAGCCGUACAGACCUAAGCCAGUCCCAGUUUAGGAAGCUGCCUGACAUCCCAGUAAAGGCAUUAACUGACACCAAUAACUGCUGCCUGAGCAGUGUAGUCCUUCUGCCAGGUGACAGGCUCAUACUGGCUGAUUGGUAUAAUUGCUCAAUCAAGCUGGUGGACACCCUUACCAACAGGGUGGUGUCCAAGGUGAAUCUGCCAGGUGAUCCAUGGGACCUGUGUCUACUGCCCGGGAACAGGGCAGCCAUCACUCUGCCGGGGUUAAAAAAGAUACAGUUCUUAUCUACCCAAGGAAAUGUCACGCAACAGGAUGUUGUUAAAGUAGAUGGAGAAUGUCGUGGAAUAGAUUUCUGUGAUGACAAUCUGAUAGUGUCCUUUACCAACCCAGGCAAGGUUGUGUUGAUGGACAUGAAGGGAAAGGUGAAGAAGAGUGUGUACAAAGACAGCAGUGGAAAACCUUUGUUUAAGUCAACCUGGUAUCUGACAGUGACCAGAGAGAGCCAGACUCCUCCAGUCAUAUAUGUCUCAAACAUGCUUACCAACACCAUAACCAAGCUGAGCAUCUCACUAGAGGUGCUCAAGUCAUACCAAGACCCGAUACUGAGAUCACCAUGUGGUCUAACAGCCGUGGGGGAUAACCAGCUGCUCGUGUGUGGGAGGAACAGUGACAACAUCCUGUUACUGGACACGCCCACCGGCAAGAUAACCCAACUGUUGGGGAAGGAAGAGGGGAUAGAGAGUCCAUGCAGUGUGGCUUACUGUCCACUGAAGAAGAUGUUGUUUGUCACCUGUAGUCAAGAUGGCAGACCUGAUUCGGAUAAUUUCGUAAAAGUUUUAAACUUAGUAUAGAUCAUGUCAGUCAGUUAAUAUGAGUGAAAUUUGUAUCAGGUGUGAAGUAAUUGUAAUGUUCAAGCAUCAUUCUAAUGUAUACUAUCAUACUGACAAUACGCAUAUACAAUGCUUUAUUUCACAUACCGCGCGAUUCAAUUACUGUCAAAGUAUUUGACUGAAUCUUGACUUUUAAAUAAUGUUGAAUUCUUACAGUUUUCAUUAGUGUCAAGUCGUGUAGUAAUGUGUUAUAAGAUAUACGAGUAUGAGAAUGUGUAUUAUUAAUUGAAAUGUUAGUAGCUGAUUGUGUAUGAAAUAUACCAACAAGUUGGUUUCUUACUUGUGAAUGUUUAAUCAAACAAUGUAAUUGUGUAAUAGAAUGAUUCAAAAUAUAGAUUAUAGAGUUAUAGACACGAUGUGUCAUUUUUCAAUCAGUUUGUGUUUAGUUAAUAUGUUGUUUAUAAUGUGUUUAUUUUGAAAUUAAACAUACAUGUACGUGUCCUUAUAUAUGUAUAUUGAGUGAAUAAUUCUAUAGACAUUGACCUAAGUGUGUAUUGUUUCCAAAAAUAUGGAUUAAAUUGUUUGAACAGACAUUGACCAUGGUUAAAAUAGUUUCCUCAUAUAUUAAUUGAAUGAUUAAACAGACAUUGACCAAUGUGCAACUUGAUUCCUCAAAUAUUUAUUGAAUAAAUUAUCCAAACAUUG